AUGCCCAAUCCACCAUACUACAUCACAACUUUGCAACAGCUACCAAUCCAAGCCUAUAUCUUCAAGCAACUGCCCAGUCGGUACCAAAUACAGAGUUUGUCAAUUUUAGUAAUAUUUACUCCAGACCUUCAAAACACACUAAGUGAGGCAUUUAAGAAACUAGCAGACGAAGUUCAAAAUGAGUGUGACAAAAUAUAUAAACUGAAGUAUGGAGUUCUUUUCAUCAGGAGUAUUGUGAAAGCUUUCAGAGCUGUUGCCAGAACCCGAGCAGAUCAAAAUGUACAGGCAGAGCUUGAUUUAGUGUUUAGUCAAACAUCCACUGAACCGAUCCCCAACAACACUGACAUUGUGGAGACUCUGAAAGAAGCUGCUACAAAUCCAACGUCAGGCUUCAACCUCACCCUUGAUGCAACCUCUAUUAUUGUUGUUAAAUCAGUGAAGAUAAUUCCACUGACAAUCCUCACCAAUGGAACCUUUGUGGCUGCUCUUUCAAAUAAAAAUUCUACCGAAUUUCAGAACCGGGCUAUGAUGAUGAAAGUAGGGCUUGAACCUUUCUUCUUCGCUGAUUAUCAAACAUCAUUCAGCAUCAUAUCCGUAACGAACUUCAGUGAUGCCAAUGUAAAAAUAAGGAGCGUGCCCACGAUCCGAAACUCCAUGGAUCUUGUAUUCGGAACGGAAGCUGUUCUACCCAAUAACACCCAGAUAGUGAACACUGUGGUACGAGCAGCCAGAGACAACACACUACCCUUCAAGAUCUUCACUUCUUCAAUCAUAAUAAAUGGAAUCGAAUUUUCAUCAGGUGAAGUCAGCAGCAGGAUCAGUGUGGUGACCGCUUCAUUCCUGGUUGCUGUGUCGCUUCUGGUUCCAUGGUUUAACUGAACCUAACCUCUCAUGCAAAUAUAACUGAUUCAGACGGGUCUGAAUCUUCCAUGCCUCAAAUGAAGGACUCGUACAUGUAAACAAAACUCUGAAUGCAUCAGUUUUUUUUUAGAACUGAAUGUGUCUGUUUUUAGCUCUGGUUCUGUUUUCAGAAAGGGGUAAAAAAUCUUUCGUUAUACAAGCACUUUUAGUAAUUUAUUUAAAAAAAAAUGUUUGACUCUUAAAUCUUAUUGUCAUUGAUUUAUUUUCUGAUAAAUGUAAUCUGCAAAUCAAGGGGCAGUUCUUUAAAUUCUUUAAUUUAUUUUUUGUUAAUUCUGUAUAUGUGUGGUUAUCGGAUCAGUAAAACAAGUGGGUUCAACUUUACAAUCUACAAAAUAAUACUAUAAGCUACAACAACCACAUUUUCAACUGAAUGCUAUUUUAAUAUUGUAAUAUAUAUUUAUAUAAAUGUGUAAUAUAUAACCAACUCUGUUAUAUCUAAGAUAAACUCUGGCAAAACUACUGAAAUUCAUUGCACAUGUCUAACGGUCCAAAUUACUCAUGGUUUGGUUUUUUUCUCAAUUUUACAGUCAUGGUUUUCGGUAGCACGUCCUGAUUUUGCCAAGUC